UGUGUAAAUAGCCAACGAAAUGAUUAUCUGUUCAAUCAACUACAAAACUUGUGUAUAAUUUAUUUGCAAAUUUGCAAAUGUCAUUUAAAUACCGAUCAUAAUAUUAAACGGUCAAUAUCCAAAAUAUAUACAGAUGGUCUUAAAAGUACAACGGCUCAAUAAAUGUAAAUAGUGGAUUGAUGGACUACAGCCAUAUUUUGUAAUGUAUUAAUACACUACAUGAUGUGGUUACAUUCAAGAUUGAAAACUUGGCGCUUAAAAGCCUCAUGAAUGUAUCGGGUCAUUGAAAGAUUUCAACUGUGCUACAGAACUGCUUCAUAACUAAAAUUUUUGUCUUACUGUAAAUGUAAUCACAGCUGAAAUGUUCUGAAGUUUUAUACGUUAUACAUUUUAAAAUAUCUUCACUCGACGAGCAGUGAGUGCAAAAAAAGCUCUCUGCUUUGUCAUUCAAUUACGAUUUGUACACUACAUUUUAAGUUAAACAUUUUACUUUUCUAAUAUAGUGUAAUAUGUUUGCUUGUGUGCCAUAUGUACAGUGAAAUUCCAUGUAAUUGGGUUGGGAAAGGUCAGAGACUUCAAAUGUACUUUCCUAUUUGACUUCCUUCGGUCGCACGAAUUCUUUCAAUAGGCCACUACUGGUUUUGCAAACAGGUCAAGACAGUCCAUAUCACCACAUUCAGUGUUUGACAUGAAAAUAAUAUAUUUGAAUGAAAUAAAAUACUUAGUACAGUUUAAAGUUUGUUUACAAGGCUGUCAAGAUUCUGGUUGUUCUACAGCAGGGUUGAGCAAAAUCUAUAUAUAAAAAAAGUUAAAAUGUUUAAAAGUAGUUUAGUAAAUUACUCAACAGCCUUAGAUAAUUUAUAAUUAAUAAUACAUCAAAAUAGUAAAUGUAUAUGUAAAUGUUUAUUUUAGAGUACAAAUUUGUAUUUGCAAUUAAUGAGAUAAAACUAAAUUAACCGAGUCGGAAAAAGGGCCGAAUGCAGGCACCAAAUACAGGUGCGCGUGUCCAUCCUUUUUGUAGUAUCUGAAGCGGGCGACACCGAGCCACUCAGUAUCGGCGUUGGCAACAUCGCCCCCGGUGGCCGAAAGGCGUCACUGCGACAACAGCAAGGUGUCUUGUCACUUCAGACUCGGGCUGUCACCUUUUCGACAACCUUGCCAGCGGGAGGUGACGUUCCUGUCGGAUUACCUGCUCGUCGGCGAUGCGAGACAAGUGCUUGUUCGGAAACUAAACGAGAAAGAAGGAAGAGAAGAUGGGUGGCUCUAUGGACAGUCAGCGUUGUGUGGGGCAGACACUUUGGGAUGCAGUUGAUUAAGAAACAAUGGUCAUGCAGGAGCAGCCGUUCUUUCUCGUUCUCUCUUGUGCCUUGUCAGAUUGUUGACAGCAGCCUGAUAGGUCAAAGUUUGUGAGGGUGGAGCCUGAUGGAUCAUGGUGGUCAGUUGGACUAUGAGGACAGAGUAAUGUCACAAGUUGUGGCAGAUGGGAUUGACUGUUGUGAUAACACAUCCCACCCUGAAUCUCAUACUGCCCAAGCUCAAAACCUCAACGAGAUCAACCCGCUCACUCAGAUUGAACAUACGUCAGCGCUACAUAAUGAUUUUGGAGCUGGACUCUUCUUGAAAGUGUCUCAAAACAACAAUGGGGAGAACAAGGAGAAGUUGGAGACACACAAAAGUACAAGCCAAGAAGAAGAAGAGGACAUUGAUGAGGUGAUGAAGGAUGAAGAGGAAGAAUCAGAGGCAUCAAGUUGCCAAAUACACUGCCAGUCUCCAGAUACUGUUAUGACAGAUUCCUCCUAUUCAGAAACAGGAAGUCUGCUGGAGAAUCCUUUCAGUCCUGGGACGAGUCCAGAACCUACAUCCCCUGUCUUGCAAGAAACAUCAUGUCCCAUCAGCCCAUUGGAACUGGGCCAGAGUGAAGUGGAUUUCGGUGGGUUUAACGCCACAUUGCUUGCCUCCAGCACACCAGGAUAUACCGUCAUGACAGGGGCUGUGCUUUCUUCUCAUCUAUCUUUAACCUCAGACACAGGCCUGAGCUGUACUGAUGGACCUGAACAUAUCCCAACAACUACUGCCAGAAACGCACAAUCCAUUUCGGAACCUCUUACCACAUCAUCUGUCCCAAGUGAAGGGCUCACAAGCCCUGAUUUUUCUGACCUUCACCCAGAGACAUCCCCUAUAAGGCCCCAUACCAUCACAUCUACUAGUCAAACAGCAGAGCCCUUUACCUUCACCACAGGGCAUAUAAAGACUGGUACACAACCCUGCUCCUCUUCUGGAUCGACAUUUCUACAAUCAGAUGACUAUAGUUCCUCUGCAGUGCCCAGCUGCACCACAAGGCCCAUCCCUACUCUGAUGGCCUCCCUGGAGCAGUUGGCCCAGAGAGGAGAUGAUACUUGCCUUCCACAAGACCUUCAUCAGAUUGCCGAAGCCUCUGUCCGUCAUGAAGAUUACUGUUUGGCUUUAAGGUGCAUUCAGCUGGAGAGGCUCUAUCACCAGAGAGUGUUGGACAACCUGAAUGCUCUUCAGCAACAGUGGGAAAGUCUGUGUACAAGAAGCUCGCCCAGCCUGGAAGCCCGACAUCUGGACACUCUCAGAGACAUCUGCCAGACGCACACUCGACCAAAUGCUACAGAUGCAGCAUCUUCAUCUCUGGACUUCUUAAGGCCCCUGCUUGAACAAGGGGAUGCAUUGCCUCCACCAGCUUGUCACAUUGAAAGUAGGAUGGAUAAUAGAGCAGAAGACUCCUCAUGUCCACAGACCAGCCAUCCACUCACACCCUCCAUUAUUCUGUCACAUCGACUCGAUUCCCCCAACAGUACAGAAAAGGACAGGGAAGUCCCUAAAUGCAAUUCAGAAGGGAGGGCCAGUUUGCAUGGGACUGAGCUGACUGACGAGAAGGAGGGCAGUGGUAGAGAGCAAGGGGAUUGUCUGGAACACGCCACUUCAGCCCCAGGAAAUGUGUUGCACCCCUCUGAAGCUGUACAAAUGGAUCAGACCAAGCCCGCAGAGCUUCAGGGAGGAGAUUUAGGUUUGGCUCUGGAAAAGGAGGUGGAUUGGGAGGACGAGGGGAGCAAUGUGGGAGAGGCAGCGGAGCCACUGAUGAUGGAAGAUGAGACUGAAGAAGAAGAGGGAGAGGUCGAGAGCAAAGUGCUCCGCGGGAUAGAUGUGGAGGUGGAACAUCUGCACCAGGAAGCGCAAGUGGAAGGAAAAGAGGAGAUUUGUCAAGAGAUCAAGGAGGGAAAUGAAAGCAGCCUGCAGCAGGAUGAUGAUGAUGCCCAUCUUCCUCAAGAGGCUCUCCUGAAACACCCCGAGCUGGGCAACGAGGAAGAGGAGGAGCAGGAAGAAUAUGAGGCUGAGCGAGCUGACAUCUUUAGAGACACUAUCACACUGGACGACAUGGCUAAACUCAUCGCUGUCGAGAUGUCUCCUGCCUCUGGCCUCAUCUCCAUCUUGAAGAAGAGGAAGAGGACUUUGCCUUCCGACUAUCUUAGUUUGUCUGCAAGUCUGGAGUCCAGGUCCGAUAAACCCACUGCCAAAAGACGAGUCCGCUUCAAAGUAGCAGAUGACGGCUUUGAUAGUGAUGUUGGUGGCAGAGACUCCUGCCUGCUUCUCUUUCUGCUUUGUCUGGUUACUGUGGUGAUCAGCAUGGGCGGCACCACCCUUUACUGUGCUCUGGGUGACGUACACUCCUCCGUCUGCCGGGACUUCUCCAGAAAUGUGGACUUUUACUUUGGACAGAUGCAGCGCGGCGUAGCUCAGCUCCAACAGUGGUUAGCCCCGAGUUCGACGUAGCGGCUCGUCAACAAGGGACAGACAACAGUCAGCAUUACACAAGUCAGUGUCACCCAGGUGUCCCUUUAUUAUGAAAAAGUGAAAGAAGUGGGUACACCUCAGGUCCACCAAAGAGUCUGUUGUUUAGAAACAAACCAUGACUGGAUCCAUACUACUCACUGGCCUCCUUCAAAAAAGCAGGAAUAACAGCUGACACCACUGUAAGUUGGUGUUUAUGUUUAAAAAAAAAAAAAAAAAAAGGUUGUAAACUGGAGGGCUGAGACGUGCUCUCUACACGUGCUGCACAAAUAUUGGCCUCAUGGGCAUUUUGCAAAAUGUUGCAACAUCUCGAGUUGCUUUUAUUGAUUUAAAAAAAAAAAAAAAAGACAAAUGGAAAGAAAUCAUGCAUUGCAGUCUUAAUCAUGUCUUAACAUGCUGAAUGAAUGUUUUCAGUCAUAUGUAAAGCAUUUACACUAUGUAUUUUUAAAGUUUUCUUCUUUUUAACAAAUUGAGCUGUUGCUGGACUACGGACAAUUUACGAUGAAUAACGCUACUCUUAAGCUAUGCAUUGUUCGACCACUUAGCAGUGUGUUCUACUUGUACAUUUACAAACUAAUCUAAAACAUACAACUACAGGAAUAUGGGAAAGUUUAACAUGACUGGUACGAUUCUUUUUUGUUUUGUUUGUUUGUUUUUUUGGUAGUACUGCUAUAUUAUCCUCAAACUACAGACCUCUUGCAUCUAAUAAUUAUUCAUUGUAAUUUACAAUGUUUGUUUGAUGUUAUGUAGCUUUGUGUCGGCCCAGCUGGGUCUUUACACCUCUCAGGAUUUCUGGGCAUCAUCCUCUUUGUGAGAGCCGCUGUUGUUUUGUUUCCCCACAUUUGAGGUUUUUUUUGGUUCUUUUUUUUUUUUUUAACCCUCUGGGAGGAGACCUUUUCUUUGUGUGGCCGAUUUUUCUCAGAAUACGACAUUGUAUUGUCCUACCAGUCCAAUUUUUGUUUUAAAGCAUUUCUAGUCGGUAUCUACUGUAUACAUGACGUUGCAUGUUGCGUUGGACGCCCGCAAAUGGUGCGAAAAUAUCAAACAAAGAUGGCAACAAUACAGUUUUCACAGAUUAGGAGCUUCCAUGUAGUCUUAUAUGCAUUAUGAAAAGUAUGCAGUAUUAUCAUGUCAUACAAUGAUGUAAUAUGUCUUAAAUUACUUGUUGUUUUGUUUGUUUGUUUUCUUGCAUGAGUCAUCUGGCUGGUUCAGAUGACUGAAAAUCUUUAAUUGUGUCUAAUUUUUAUUUAUGAGUCAGCGGAUGCAAAUAUUUUGUUUUUGUCGUUCUUGUCACUUAAUGAUUGUUGUUGCACAUUAAAAUAGCUUUUUAUCAUCCAUGCUGGCAUUACUCAUCAGGCCACUUUAUCUUGUAAUCAAAUGCUUUUUAACAAUUCUGUGUAAUUUGCUUGUAUCACCUUUAUACCUAGCAGGUUGGUCCUCUUGUCACAUUAGAUGAUCAUGUUUUUACACUCUUCUGAGAAUCAAAUGUUUAAAAAAAAAAAAAGAGCUUACAGCAAAAUGGAAAUGUGUGUCAUGAAGUUCUGUGUAUCGCUCAUGAGCUGAUGACAGCAAUGUUCACUUUGGUCUAACGUGAAAGUUUGUGGAAGAUGUCCUAUAUUCAAGAGAAGAAGACUCAGUAUGUGGAGGGUCAGUGUUGAAAGAAAAAAAAAUAAAACGUAAUGUAAAUGUCUUUCUUGACUGCAGAUUUGAAUAAGUUGAUCUGAGUGAUUCUAUUUUUAUUUUUAAUUUUAUUUUAAUGAAUUGCUUCCACUCAGAUCACUGAGGUUCGGAGUACCUGUUCAUGUCUAACUUAAAGUAAAGUCUGGACUUGAAACAUGGA